AUGCAGAAGAUUUGUAUUUCUGAAGCCUCUGUACAUCAAAAACUUCCUGUUGGAAGUUUGUUACUGUUGAAAAUAACCUUCCUUACAAUAAGUUUUAGUCUUUCCUCAUGGAAGAAAUCAUCUGGUGUUGAUACCUCACAACCAUUGAGUCAGUUGGAGAUCAGAAAGCUUGAAGAAACUCUUGGAAUAGCUCCAUUCCUAUUGGAAAAUUCUUGUCAAAGAUUUAGCUCUCCAUAUGUUCCUCAAACUGAUGGAUGGAGAACAGAUUGUCCACAAGAAAUGAGGAAUCUACCAUCACUCCUGAGUAAUAUGAACUGUUACAUUGAUCAGUCCUGUACAGCAGUCCAGUGUUGUAUUGAUGUCAACGAACUUGGAAAGUCUUUAGAGAUAGGAGUCAAGAUUGAUCCAUGUGACUUCAGGUUGACAGUCAGGAUAGAGAAAUUGAGCUUUGAUGUUACAUUGUAUGAUUAUGUAUGGGAAAAACAGGAAUAUUUAGAUCUCUAUGGAGUCAUACAGAUUGCAUUCACUAUUAAAAAUUUGUAUGGAGAAAAGUUCUAUCUAAUCAGCCUCAAUGCAUCAGUUAAUUUUGAUGCCAAAAGUGAAGAGGAAUACAACAUUAUACUGGAGAACAAUCUACUACCAAAAGCAGUCUGUGAUUGGUCGUCUGAUUUCUAUAUUUCAAAUUUUUCAUUGACAAACUGGCUGCAUAAGAAAAACUUGGAGAUUAAUGAUUCAAUUCCUGGUGAUAUCUUAUACCAGUUGUACGAAGAAACAAAUGUAGGCCAUUACCUUCUGGAUAACAAGUGUUCUAGACUUGUCUAUCCUUACAAUAAUAGUUGGACUAAAGAUUGUGCUAUGGACAUGACUUUACCAAUGUUACCAUCAGAUGUAUCCUGUUUUAUUACUGAUACAUGUACAGGGGUUCAGUGUUGUGUUAUGAACAAUUUAUUGCAACAGACAUUUGAAAUCUCAUUUCUGUUGGACAGCUGUAACAAGAAACUAAGUAUCAGUAUAGAGAAAAUACAGUACAAUGACACUUUACUGGAUUUCAAAUUAGGGACUUAUUAUUCCUUCAGCUUACAGGGAUUAAUUCAAGUUCAAUACAGUAUUGAAGACUUGUAUACUGAGAGGUUCUACUUAGUAAAUAUGAAAAUUCAGUUUUGCUAUGAAAGUACAGAGCCUCAAUGUGAUCAUCAGUUCACCAUUCUACAAAAUACAAAACUUCCCAAAAGACAGUGUGAUUGGAAUAGUGGAUUUGUUACUCCUGGAUUCUCCUUGGACACUUGGUAUAAUGAGCAUUCUUUGUCAUCUGGAUCAAAUUUGGAAGAUUGGAUGAUAUCUGAACUACUUAAUGGUCUUGGGAUAUCACCAUACCUACACGUUGAACAAUGCUCAAGACAAUCAUCACCUUUCUAUCCAAGUAUACUUGGUUGGAAUAAAGGUUGUGCUAAUAAUAUAAACCUUCCACAGGUUGAAGAACCAACAACCUGCUAUAUAGAUACAAGUUGUACCACAGUAGAAUGUUGUGUAGAUGUAGACUUUAUUCCAUACUCCUUCCACACCUACCUGAAUAUAGAUCCUUGCAAACAGAUGAUAACUGUUGGCAUUGAAAAAUUCCACAGAAACAUCUCACUAACAAACUACCAAUGGGGAGUGCAGGAAAGUUUUUGGCUUGCUGGUGUAUUGCGUCUAUCUUACAGCAUAGAGGAUUUUAGUGGUGAAAGCCUGUACUUAGUCAGCCUGAACAUGAGUGUUUGCUUUGAAAGUAACAAAUCUUGUCAUGCAUCUACACAGAUACUAAGUCACACAUGGCUGACCAAGGCCUUGUGUGCAUGGGAUACCAACUAUUAUCAGUCAAACUUUUCCUUGGCAGCCUGGCUACAGACCAAAGAGAUGUCACUACCACUGCCAGAUUAUGGACAGCUUCUUCUGUUUCAAGAUACUGGGAUAGCACCAUAUUUAUUGGAUGAUCAAUGUUGGGUAGAUUUUACCAAGUUCCACUACUGGUUCUUUACAAAUGCAUGCCCAUUGUACACACCAGCAAUGCCUUACAUAGAGAUUCCAUGCCAUCUGUCAGCAUUAUGUACUGGUAUUGAGUGUUGUGUCUAUGACUACAAGUUAAACAGAGACUUCCAUACCACAGUUCUAGUUGAUCCAUGUUCUUAUGUUGUUACUGUUGGGAUAGACAAUUUUGUAUACAACACCUCAAUAACUGAGUUUUCCUUUGGUACUGUGAAGAAGUUCUCAUUAGCAGGAAUUGUGAACAUAGAAUUGUCCAUACACUACCUUAAAAUGGAACAUUCAUAUCUGAUAUCAAAGAAUAUAAGUAUAUGUACAGAGAGUCAAAAUACCUGUGAACAUAAAUAUGUUGUAGUGGAAAAUAUGAUGCUACCAAUCUUACAGUGCAGUUAUAAUGGAGGAUUUAUCGAAGAAGAUUUUUCCAUAUCAAAGUGGAAAAACGAAAGAGGACUUGCUAAGAAUGAGAGUUUAGACAGUAUUGCAGUGUCUGAGUUGUUUGUAAAUCUUGGUUUGUCUUACUAUCUUCUUUCUAUGAGAUGUAACAACUUCAGUGAUUUAUACAGUCCAUCUACCAAUGGAUGGAAGUCAUUAUGUACAGAUGAUGAAGCUCUGCCAGUUCUGUCUGGAGAAAUAACAUGUAACUUGGGAUAUACUUGUGACACAGUAAGCUGUUGUAUUGAUGUAGAAGAUCUAGGUAGAACAAUGGAAGUAUCAUUAUCAAUAAACCACUGCAACAGGAAACUGUCUUUACAACUUGAAAGAUUGUCAGAGGAUAUAUCAUUGGUGGAUUACAAAUGGGGUACUUUGAUGAAGCAUGAACUUGUUGGUGUGUUGAGAACUGAAAUUGUGGUUUACAACUUAGCAGCAGAAAACAGUUAUAUGGUGUACUUCAACAUAUUGGUGUGCCUGGAAGCAAAUGGUACCUGCUCAGUGAAUGAGGUCAUAUUAGAUGGAAGAAAAAUAAUCAAAGAAGUCUGUGACAGAUCAAAGGAAAAUGAAUUUUCACUGGCUGCUUGGCUUGAAGAAAAGAACUUACCAAAGUCUGGAGGGAUCUUUCCAGAAUGGGCAGAAGUUCAGCUGAAGCAGGAUCUAAAAAUAGACCAGUUUCUCAAAACAGCCUGCUAUGUUUCUUAUUACAAUAGCAAUGGUUUGUCAAAAUUAUAUUGUGAACCAACAUUUAACAAUCAACUAUUCACUAUUUACAGAUAA